UGCUGAAGGACAGUCGGGCGAGUUUUGUCAGCACGUCUCCAUUCCUGCGAACAAUCAAGUCGCUGUUGUAGUGUUGUCGUCCGUUAUUCCGACCAUUGUGGUAAUCGCCUGCAUCGUCACUGGAAUCCUGUUGAAACGGGGUCACCGACAGGCAAAAGUUGACUCAGAAAUGACGUCCGUCAUAAUCAUGGAAACCCUUUCGUCAUGGGAAGUAGACAGAGAGGACAUUCGCUUCGAACACAUGAUCGGGGAGGGAGAGUUCGGCCAUGUCGUACGGGCAGGGCUGCGCGUGCCGGAAGGGUACGAGGUUUUGGUCGCGGCUAAAACUAUCCGGCCCGACCGCAAGAUGGCGUCUACUGUCCGCGACUUUCGACGAGAAAUGGACAUUCUCGCCAGAAUCCACGAGGACAACGAGGGACACCCGAACGUGGUGAAGCUUUACGGAGUUCUGACCAAGUCGGAGCCUCAGUACAUCCUGGUAGAGUACGCGAGCAAUGAAGAGCUACGCCGGUACCUGUGGACUUUGCGUGAACAGUGCAAGAUCACAGGGGAUAGGAAACUGUUAGAGCGUCUCGGUUUCGCUUCUGACGUGGCCUGUGGGUUAUCGGAGCUGGCACGUCUGAAGAUCGUGCACCGGGACAUCGCAGCUCGCAACGUCGUCAUCAGUGACAGAAAAGUGGCCAAGAUCGCGGACUUCGGACUUGCGCGUGACGUCUACGUGUCGUCGGCGUAUGAACGCACCGAGCAAGGCGGGGAGGAGGAACUGUUACCGCUGAAGUGGAUGGCCGUGGAGUCGUUACGGGACGGGGUGUACACGUGUGAGAGUGACGUGUGGUCGUACGGCGUGCUGCUGUGGGAGAUCACCAGCUUCGGGGAGGAGCCGCGCUACGCUGGCGCUCCGAUGCACCCGGACGUCUGCACGAUACUGGAGCUGCUGAGGAAAGGCGUCCGUCUGCAGCAGCCGCAGAACUGUCCGCUGCCGGUGUACCGCAUCAUCAGGUCAUGUUGGGUGUUCAACCCAUCGAGGCGGCCAACGCCUGACGAGCUGGUGCGGAAAAUUGACCUGCUGAGGCCGCAGAGACAAGCUGCGCACCCGGGGUACCCGGGCAAUCACUACAUUCGAUAAACUUUCCAAGUUUAAUGUCAACAAACAUCUGUCCUCACUGGCUGUACCCAAAGCAACCCAAAGCAUUUGAGUGGCUCUCAUGAGCCUUGUUUUGUGGUGAAUCAUGAAGUAAAAAAAUAAAUAAAUAAAAAAGGGACCUCGGAACAAUGGACUCCCCUUUAUACUUAUACAUCAUUGUUAUCAUAUAUCAAGGCAAAAUUGUAAGACCGCUUAUAUGGCUAGACAUUGAUAAAAUCUAAGAAUAUUAGCCACAAAUUUGAAA